AUGAGUUCCCCGUAUAAACUAAUUCUACCGCUCGUGGUAGUGGCGGCGCAGGUUCAUGAAGCUGAAGCCGCCAACGGGUCUCUCCCGACAUGGCUCGCUUACGUGACAGGCGGUCUUUUGAUCAUUAUUAUCGUAUACUAUUGUUGUCGUCGUGCGCGGUUUGAUGAAAACUUACAACAACCACUGUUAGGAGGUCAAUACACGGAGGAUGGACAGCCUAUGACACGCCAGGACGUCCAGGAGUCAAACGAUGAAGUGUCUACUCAGUGGCAGUGUGAAGUCUGCGAUUUUCAUAAUAAGAGCUCUGCUAAAAGUUGUGUUCUCUGUGGUACUGAAAGGGGCUUUAGUCUCGGACUAAAUUCACCCGUGCGACCAGCAGGUACUGGUCCAGUGGCUGUCGGAACAGACAUUACUCGGGAUAAGAGUUUCAAUCGUACGCGUUCAUUUGCGAUUCGUCGUCUCAAUAUGCUUAAUUCACGUCAACGAGGUGCCAGGAAUCGUCAAGAUUGGGUGCGAAAAGUUGGUCUGGAUGGAAAACGCUAUUGGGCUAAGCGUGAACUACCUUUUCCACUUGGAAACGCCACGAUGAAAAAGACUGAAAACUCGUUAAAUGAUAAAAUUCGUAUUGACAUUCCAUCAUCAGACGCUGACAUGCUUUCACCUAAGGGCUCUACAUCUGAGACUGCUGCUUCUUCGACGUCAACCACCUUGACGUUGGAUCCAGACAAGGAACUGGUACAUCAACAGUCGCUGGCAUUCGUAUCACAGUUAGCACAGACACCUCGACAUCCAGAGGGUCGAAUGACGUUUAAAGAGUAUCGUGAAGUAGAUGCGCGUGUUGCGUCUCGUGGCUAUGAAAUCUCUGAACAGGAUUUGGAGAUUCUUGAACAGGUGGCGGCAUUACCAUUUAAAGACAAGUAUGCGUGGUUUCUCGAGCAAACUUCAGCGUUGAUUAAACCAUGGGAAGACGGACACUUGAAGAUGCGUGUUCAUCGUGAAAACAUUCUGGUCGAGUCGAUGGAGCAACUUUUGGGAGUUCAAAUGGAACACAUUCAUAUGCCACUACGUAUCGAAUUUAUCGGCGAAGUUGCGAUUGAUGCUGGUGGCUUGGAACGGGAGUGGUUCUCGCUUGUGACCGAGCGUCUGUUUGAUGAAACUAUUGGACUCUUUAUGUGUGCUCACGUAGACUCGCUCGCUUACGUGAUCAAUCCAAAUUCUGUAGAAGCUUCUGCUGACCACUUGCUGUAUUUCCGAGGAGCCGGUCGCUUGUUGGGUCGUGCAUUGCUUGAAGGACAAUUGAUGAAAGCCCACUUGGCGUUGCCAGUAUUGAAACAUCUGCUAGGUGUCCCAAUAUCAUUUAGUGACCUGGAAUUCUUUGAUCAGGAAGUGUACAACUCGUUAAAGUGGAUGAAGGAAAACGAUGGUGUGGAUGCGCUGGGACUGGAUUUUACCGUUACAAAUCGCAAAUUGAAUGGUGAAGUGGAGACGAUUGAGCUUAAGGAAGGUGGAAAGGACAUUGAGCUGACAGAUGAGAACAAGCGGGAAUAUAUCUAUCUGCGUCUCCGCUACAUCAUGCUGGAUUCGUAUGCUGAGCAGCUGCAGCAUCUUAUGGCUGGAGUAUUCGAAGUGAUUCCACAGGAACUGAUACUUGUCUUUGACUACCAGGAACUUGAGCUUGUGCUCUGUGGUGUGCCGUCGAUCGACGUGGAUGACUGGAAGGCACAUACGCAAGUGUCAGACGAACUUCCUGAAGAGCUGUUGUCGUGGUUUUGGGAGAUUGUUGAGUCGUUCACAGACGAGGAACGUGCACGUUUGUUGCAAUUUACAACAGGCUCGUCGCGUGUGCCGGUUCAAGGCUUUAAGGCGCUUACAAGUUACGACGGACGGAUAUGCCACUUUACACUUAAAGCUGUGACUUUUCCGGAAAAUGCGUAUCCUCGGGCACACACGUGUUUCAAUCGCAUUGACUUGCCACUUUACAAGACAAAAAAGGAGCUGGAAGAUGUGCUGUCACUGGUUAUUAAUAUGGAAGUCACGGGCUUUACGGACGAAUAA